CAGCUGCUUAACUAGCAUAAACUGUUCAAAUCAAAACCAAGCACUACUAAUCAAUUAACCGUUUCGUCCACGCGCGGCUCCCGCGCGCGCCCACCUUCAUGAUAUACACGGCGGCGGCGGCAGCGGCAGCUAGACAUCCAUCAUCUCCCGCCAUCCUCCAUCUCUUCUCACCUCUCUCUCCCUCAUUUACCACGAGCUAGCCACCUAGCUAGCGUAGCUUAGCUAUAUCCGGCCGCCGACAUUACAUUGACGAUGGCCCACGCCGCCGUGGCAGCGCUCGCCCUGCUCGUCUUCUUCAGCGCGCAAGCGCGGCGGGACGGCGCCGGCGUAUACGUCGUGGACGCGGCGGCGGCGCUGUCGCAGGGGCACUCGCUGGGCGCCGGCGACAAGCUGGUGUCGUCAGACGGCACCUUCGAGCUAGCCUUCUUCACGCCGACCGGGGCCGCCGACCCGUCGCGGCGGUACCUGGGCGUCAUGUACGCGCAGUCCAACGAGCAGACCGUGCCCUGGGUGGCCAACCGCGACGCGCCCGUGAGCGCCGGCUCGUCGUACUCGGCCACCGUCACGGACGCCGGCGAGCUGCAGGUGCUUGAGGGCGAACGCGUGGUCUGGCGCACCAACUCCGCGACGACGGCCUCCUCCUCCUCCUCCUCGCCGGCGAACGUGACGCUCACCCUCCUCGACACCGGGAACCUCCAGCUGACCGCGGGCGCAACGGUGCUCUGGCAGAGCUUCGACCACCCCGCGGACACCUUCCUCCCCGGGAUGAGCAUCACGCUCGACCGGACCAACAGGUCCGCCGUCCGCCGGACGCUGUUCACGUCGUGGCGGAGCCCCGGGGAUCCCGGCACCGGGGACUUCACGCUGGGGCAGGACCCGCUCGGCUCCGCGCAGCUCUACAUCUGGCGGACCGGCGGCGAGAACACCAACAGCACCUACUGGCGGUCCGGGCAGUGGGCCAACACCAACUUCGUGGGCGUGCCAUGGCGGUCGCUCUACGUGUACGGCUUCAAGCUCAACGGCGACCCGUACAACGACUCCGGUGUCAUGUCCUACGUCUUCAACACGUACAACAGCUCCGAGUACCGGUUCAUGCUCCACUCCAACGGCACCGAGACGUGCUACAUGCUGCUCGACACCGGCGACUGGGAGACCGUCUGGUCGCAGCCGACCAUCCCGUGCCAGGCCUACAACAUGUGCGGCGCCAACGCCCGGUGCGCCGGCGGCGGCGGCGGCGACGACGGCCAGCAGGCCGUCUGCACCUGCUUGACAGGCUUCGAGCCGAGGAAUGUGUCGGAGUACGGCAACGGGAACUGGACGCAGGGAUGCGUCAGGAGCUCCCCGCUGGCCUGCAGCAGCGACGCGAACGUGAGUGGCGGCGGCGGCGGCGAUGGCUUCGCCGACCUCCCCGGCGUGAAGCUGCCCAACUUCGCGGCGUGGGGAUCCACGGUGGGCGACGCGGACGCGUGCAAGCAGUCGUGCCUGGCCAACUGCUCGUGCGGCGCGUACAGCUACAGCGGUGGCACCGGCUGCCUCACCUGGGGACAGGACCUGCUGGACAUCUACCAGUUCCCGGAUGGAGAAGGAUACGAUCUGCAGAUCAAGGUCCCUGCAUACUUACUAGAUCAGACGGGCUCCAGAAGAAGGCGAUGGACGACAGUUGCCGUUGCUGUAGUUAUCGUCGUGGUUGUAUUGGCAGGAUGCGGCCUUCUCCUGUGGAAAUGCAGGAGAAGAAUCAAAGAGAAACUUGGCAUUGUUGGUAGGGAGAAGACAAAGACGACAACGCAGCCGUCUCUGCUUCCUUUGAGGGAAGCACGGCAGGAUUUCUCAGGGCCGAAACAGGUUGAUCAAGAGGAAGCAGAGGGCGGCAAGAAGUGCGAGCUGCCUCUCUUCUCCUUGGAGAUGGUUGCAGCGGCCACCGGCGACUUCAGCGCCGACAACAAGCUUGGAGAGGGAGGCUUUGGCCAUGUCUACAAGGGAAGACUUCCCGGUGGCGAAGAGGUUGCGGUGAAGAGGCUGUCCCGGGGCUCAGGGCAGGGGCUGGAGGAGUUCAAGAACGAGGUGAUCCUGAUCGCCAAGCUGCAGCACCGCAACCUUGUGAAGUUGCUAGGUUGCUGCAUCCAGGGGGAGGAGAAGAUCCUGGUCUACGAGUACAUGCCCAACAAGAGCCUCGACGCCUUCCUCUUCGAUCCGGCGCGGCGAGGGCUGCUGGACUGGAAGACGAGGUUCCACAUCAUCGAGGGCAUCGCCCGUGGCCUCCUGUACCUCCACCGUGACUCGCGGCUCCGGGUGGUGCACCGGGACCUCAAGGCCAGCAACAUCCUGCUGGACCGCGACAUGAACCCCAAGAUCUCCGACUUCGGCAUGGCGCGGAUCUUCGGCGGCGACCAGAACCAGGUGAACACGAACCGCGUGGUGGGCACGCUGGGCUACAUGUCGCCCGAGUACGCCAUGGAGGGCCUCUUCUCCGUGCGCUCCGACGUCUACAGCUUCGGCAUCCUCAUCCUGGAGAUCGUCUCCGGGCAGAAGAACAGCAGCUUCCACCGCAUGGAGGGCUCCCUCAACAUCGUCGGCCACGCGUGGCAGCUCUGGAACGCCGACAGAGGGGAGCAGCUCAUCGACCCGGCCAUCCUGCCGGCGUGCCCCGUGCGGGAGGCGCUCCGCUGCGUGCACAUGGCGCUGCUGUGCGUGCAGGACCACGCGUGCGACCGCCCGGACAUCUCCUACGUCGUCAUGGCGCUCGGCAGCGACAGCUCCGUGCUGCCGAUGCCUAAGCCGCCGACGUUCACGCUGCAGUGCACGUCGUCGGACAGGGACGGGAUCUUCCCGGAGAGAGUCGAUGAGUCCUACUCCGCCUGUGACCUCACCGUCACAAUGCUGCAUGGGAGGUAGCUAGGCUUGACAGGAAUAGGAUGCAGCGAUAGGGAAAUAUUGCAUUGGACGAAGCUGUACAUAUCCAUUACCAUACCACGUCGCCAGGUGCUUAGUGCUUUACUGAGAGUCUUCCUUUGCUCAGAGCCUCCAACAGAGUACAUGGCAGAUGGCCCUGUGUCGACUCUGAGGCAAAACGCAAAAAAUGGUGUCCUACUCCGCAGAAAAAGGAAAACGGAAAAGCGGGCUUUGCAGUGCCUGGGGCCUUGGGCUUCCAUGUGGACCUUUCCGGUGUCCUAAGCCCAACAAGACUCGUUCUGACUCUUAUGGGCUGCGGCCCAAUCUGUAUUACACACGACAUUACUGGAUAAAGAUUAUUAUUGUUCUUAUUACAUCCCAUUGGGUUGUACUUGUACGUUGAGACAACCCAUGACUUUUCUUUUUUUAA